UGCCUUACCCUCCUGUAGCCUACUGCAUUUUGCUGAGAUAGGAACCAAGUUGGUAGGUGUUUCCUCAAUUGGAGUCGGAACAGUCAUUGAAUGGGCAUAUCAAAAUGGCGGACCAAGAAUCGUCGGUGAGGGAGUUCGUUGCUGUUACUGAUGUUGAUGAAGAGAGGGCCCGUUUUUUCUUGGAGUCUGCCGGUUGGGAUUUGCAGCUUGCCCUGGCCAGUUUCUUUGAAGAUGGUGCUGAGGAUGACAUAGUGACACUACCUCAGCCAGAGAGUGGUGGAUCCUCUGUGCCUCGUUCCACAGGGCCUGGCAGGAGUGAAAAUAGAGUGACCUCCUUCAGGGAUAUGAUGCACGAGGAAGAAGAUGACAGUGACGAGGAGGAAGGGGAAAGGUUCUUUGCUGGGGGUUCUGAACGCAGUGGGCAGCAGAUUGUGGGCCCCCCCAAGAAGAAGAGCUCUAAUGAGGUGGUGGAGGACCUCUUCAAGGGGGCUAAGGAGCAUGGGGCCGUACCUGUGGAGAAGGCUGGGAGAGGCCCAGGAGAGCCUAGUCGAGCCAGGCCGUUCAUUGGCGGUGGCUACCGGCUUGGUGCAGCGCCUGAGGAGGAGCCUGUUUAUGUGGCUGGAGAGAGAAGAGCUGCUAACAGCCAGCAGGAUAAGGUGCAUGUAGUCCUGAAGCUGUGGAAGACAGGUUUCAGCCUGGGCGACGGUGAACUCAGAAACUACAGUGAUCCUGGCAAUGCCAUUUUCCUGGAGUCCAUCCGUAGGGGGGAAAUUCCUUUGGAGUUGAGACAGCGCUCCCGGGGGGGUCAGGUCAACUUGGAUAUGGAGGACCAUCGGGAUGAGGACUUCUCGAAACCCAAGGUUACCUUCAAGGCAUUCGGCGGGGAAGGACAGAAACUGGGCAGUGCCACCCCUGAACUGGUGUCUGCUCCACGUAUGGGGGACCAGGACCAGGUAGCCAGUGAGGCCCAGGCCAUCGCCUCUGUGAACCUGGACGCCUCCCAGCCUGUGACCAACAUCCAGAUCAGACUGGCCGACGGGGGAAGACUGGUGCAGAAGUUCAACCACACUCACAGGGUGUCGGACGUGCGUCAGUUUGUGGUGGGAGCUCGACCUUUAAUGGCCGCGACGGAGUUUGUGCUCAUAACAACCUUCCCCAACAAGGAGCUGACUGACGAGAGCCAGACGCUGCGGGAUGCCAACCUGCUCAACGCAGUCAUCGUGCAGCGGCUAAAGUGAUGGAGCCCCCUGGUGGCCUGGCUAGUUCACAGCUCUUUGAUCCCCCUGAGGGACGAGACACCAUGGACUUAUGGACUUCUAAUUCCUUUUUUUUCUUCUAUAGUGAUACGUUUUCCCUCUUCAGCAGUUUGAGGGGUAAAUGUGGGGAACGGAUAGGGCUUCAAAGAAAGGCAGAAGAAACAGUGGAUUUGGUGGUAAAAGCUUUUUAGAAAGUAUUAGGUGAACACGCACAGUAACAAUAAAGCUUUCUUAAGUUUCAGAGAUUGCUUUAGAUGUUCAUAAUACUGUCAUUCAUAUUGUUCAUCACUUUCUAUCUUCCACUUAUCUCUCCUUUGGCUCAACUGUUGCCUUUUAAUUUGGCUUUUUCCACACAAGUUGCCAUCAGGUCAACCCAACCGCAAAUGUACCCAAUGUAUCCCAGUAGCCUUGUGCUCCCAUCAUAUUCAGAAUCUCAACAAAGCAUCAAAACAGUCCCAACACUAAGGCAUUUUGAUGCGUAACAUGUAAUGGCUAGAUUGCUUUACUAUCAAACUAAUGAUUGAACAGAAACUCACUUUAUAACUUGUAGACAAUGGGUUUUAGGGGCAGGUUGAUCUCACUGAUCUCUACGCAGCCUUGAACAAAAACAGGACAGUUGGAAUGAUUGUUUGGACCUCUGGAAGGUAAUUCAAUAAAUUUGUUUGAUGUAUAUGGAA